AUGUUCCUCGUAACCCCCAUAGCCAGAGCGAUUCUAGACGCUGGGGUUUUCUCAUGGGACCUCGGAUUGACGUUGAUCAACCUCGUGACGCCGCGCAGGAAGGUGGACCAUGUAACCCCUGCGGGCCAUCCUGGAGAAGGUGGAAAAUGGCCUGAAUAUAUCGCACCGAAGGAGGGAGAUAGUCGGUGCUCGUGCCCAGGGUUGAACGCUAUGGCGAAUCAUGGUAUCUUACCACGCGAUGGGAAGAACAUCUCGUUCCCGGAGUUGUAUAGCACAGUCAGGGGAACCUAUAACUUUUCACCCUCUUUCUGCUUCUACGUCGCAAACUUUGCUGCUAGGAUGUUGAACAAGAGUUACGGGAAGGAUAGGAUCGACUUGGCUGAUAUCGAUUUGCACAGUGACAAGGGCAUUGAACACGACGCGUCUCUCACUCGCGAAGACAUUCAUUUCGUCAAAGACCAAGGGAAGCCCCACCUUCCUUUCGUAAGGGAACUUCUCGACGCUGCAUCGGGAAAGGACACGGAAGGAAACAUGCUCUUCACCGCAGCCGACGUUUCUCGUGUUUUAUCCAAGCGUCGUGCAGAGUCUCGUGCCAAUAACCCCGAGUUCCACAUGAACCUAUCCCACAGGACGUUUAGCAGUUCCAACUCUUCAACUAUCUUGACGAUAUUCGGCAGUCGGGUCUCUGAUCUCGAGUCCAUCUUUAUCGAAGAGCGUCUUCCUGAAGGGUGGGAGUCAAGGAUCAGGGAGCCCUUCGGCUUGACGAUAGCGUCUUUGCAACCAACUGUCCUCAAAGUGGCGUUUGGGAUUGACGAGCGCCCAUACGCCGCGGAGGCUAGUUCGACUGCAGCCGCUGAAAGUGGGGAACCGAAUCCAGCAACAUAG